UUUUAUGACAUUAGACAUUACGUGUGAUAUGACACGAAUAUAAUACGUCUAUGAAUUUUACGAGGAAAGUAGAAGAAAAAAGACAAAAAAGAUAAUGUGACGUUUGAAAUUAAUAAAUGUCAUUGUCUACAUACAUGUCCUGAUCACAUUUAGAUCGGACGUGACCAUUAAGACUAUUGUCUUACUAAAAAAAAAAUGUACUACUAAAAAAAAAAUCCAGCCACAUGCAACCGGCACACGACGGUGUAAAUUUAUGCUUAUCAUGUUGAUAUAACUACGUGUACAAAUGGCUUUGGCAAAAAUCGAGUUUGCGGUACAUAUGACAUGCGAGAAAUGUGUCGAUGCAAUUUCCAAGAGUGUGGCAGAUCUGAAGGGUAUCCGAAAUAUUGAUAUAUCAUUGGAACGUGGUACUGUUAUCGUUGAAACGGAUCUACCUUAUUCUAUCAUACAAGAAAGAAUCGAACAAACUGGAAGGCAGGCAGUGCUAAAAGGAUAUGGAGAUGGAUUAAGCGCUGUAUCAAUGCUGGGUGGGAACUCAGGAUACAGCGUAGGUGAUUUGAUCAAAGGUGUAAUAAGAUUUGCACAAACUCCAGAGGGAUGUAUUAUAGAUGGUACAGUUGAUGGAUUAACUCCAGGAGAACAUGGUAUACACAUACAUGAAUGUGGUGAUAUAUCUAGUGGUUGUGAUAGCAUAGGUGAGCACUUUAAUCCAAAUAAUUCUCCACAUGGUGCUCCUGAAAAUGAUCUGUCUCAGAGGCAUAUUGGUGAUCUUGGUAAUAUCUUAGCAGACACUACAGGCCGAGCUACUUUUCGGAAGAUAGAUAGAUACCUUAAAAUAUCUGACAUAAUUGGUAGAUCACUCAGUAUUACCAAUGACUCGGAUGAUUUGGGAAGAGGUGACAAUCCAGAAUCCAAAAUAAAUGGAAACAGUGGAAAUAGGCUGGCUUGCGGCAUUAUAGCCAGAUCUUCUGGAUUAUUACAAAAUACGAAAAAAAUUUGUGCAUGUGAUGGUCUUACAAUAUGGGACGAAAGAGAUCAGGCGCUUGCAAAUAAUCAUGGUACCAAAAAUUAUAUAGAGUUGAAUGAGAAAAUAUGCACAGUAAUUUGAAUAUCCCAGAAAAAAAAGAGAAAAAUCGUUUCUGGAAAUUUAGUUAUACAUCAAAAUUAUAUACUGUUAAUUUAUAUACUGUUAAUUGCUAGUUUUAGAAAACUUAUUAUAUUAAUAACAUUUAAUAAAUUACAAAUUUUUUCUGUAGUUUUUAUAAAACUUGAUUUUACAUAUUUAAAUUAUUACUUAAGAAUAAAAAUUUCCUAACUAAUAA